UUGACGGACAGAUUCCUAAAACACAACGAGGAAAUUAGCUAGAAAUUAGCUAGUAAACACAUCCAGAUCUGUCAGUCGUCAGAAAACUCUAGGCAGAGGAACGUGCCAGCAUUGUUUGAUGAAGUGUCAAUCACAAUACUUCAUAUUUGUUAUAUUUCUUUGAUCUGUUUGGACAGAUAAUUGUAGCUAACAUGUCAGCACCGAAGAAGGGGGAUCUUUCUUCCACCGAGAAGGAGUUAUUCCAGGUUAUUGCUGCAGGAAAUGUUCAAGAGGCCUCAAGAUUAUUGGGCUGUAAGGAUGUCAGAGUCAACUGUUUGGAUGAGAAUGGAAUGACACCCCUCAUGCACGCUGCAUACAAGGGCAAGGCAGAUAUGUGCAAGCUGUUACUUCAACAUGGGGCAGAUGUGAACUGCAAUGAACAUGAGCAUGGCUACACAGCGCUGAUGUUCGCCGGGCUAUCGGGGAAAACCGAUAUCACCUGGAUGAUGUUGGAUGCAGGGGCAGAAACGGACGUGGUCAACUCUGUGGGACGAACGGCCUCUCAGAUGGCUGCGUUUGUCGGUCAGCAUGACUGUGUGACAGUGAUCAACAACUUCUUCUCCCGGGCAAGACUGGAGUAUUAUACUAAACCCCAGGGGCUUGAGAAGGAGCCCAAGCUUCCCCCCAAACUGGCUGGGCCCCUCCACAAGAUCAUCAUGAGCACCAACCUCAACCCUGUCAAGAUGGUGCUGUUGGUGAAGGAGAACCCGGUGCUGGCUGAGGUGGAGGCCCUGGAGAAGUGUCGGCGAGUGAUGGAGCUGAUCUGCGAGAAGUGUGUGAAGCAACAGGAUAUGAACGAAGUGCUUGCCAUGAAGAUGCACUACAUCAGCUGUGUGCUUCAGAAGUGUGCCUCCUUCCUAAAGGAGCGUGACGACAAGCUGGACGGACUUAUCAAGAGCCUGCUGAAGGGCCGGGAGAGCGACGGCUUCCCGCUGUUUCAGGAGAAGUUUAUCCGCGAGUGCAUCCGCAAGUUCCCCUUCUGCGACGCCACCCUGCUGCAGCAGCUGGUCCGAAGCAUCGCUCCUGUGGAGAUCGGUAGCGACCCUACAGCUCUGUCAGUUUUGACCCAGGCCAUCACAGGACAGGUGGGCUUCAUGGACGCAGAGUUCUGCACCACCUGUGGAGAGAAGGGUGCGGAGAAGAGGUGUUCCAUCUGCAAAAUGGUGAUAUACUGUGCCCCGACCUGCCAGAAACUGCACUGGUUCACCCAUAAGAAGGUCUGCAAGAAACUCCAGGAGCAGAGGGAAAAGAAUGAGGUGGAGUCGGCCAAGCUUAUGGAUAAACGUAGAAAAGAGCAGAGUGAGAUUGAGAAGGCCCAGGACUCCGUGCAGGACCUCUCGCUGGGACCCAAUGAAGACCAUCCACCCUCUACCACUGACAACCGAGCAGAUGCCUCCUGUCUUGACGCCAGCACCCCAGCCGCAAAACAAUGAGGGGGAACUGUGAGGGACCUCCAGCACAUACAACAUGUCUAUAUACCCAGCUGUCUCCCUACUCCAGGUCUGGACUGUUGUCGGAGGGAAGCCAGCCUCGGAAAGCCUGACAGAUAACCGUGGGCAGGCUAUGCAGGGGCUCCCACCAGCCAAUGGUCUGACCCCAUGGGAAAGGAUCCAUUAUUCAUCCAUGACCUGACAUUGUUUCCCACCAGAGCAGUGCAACACUUGCACUUGAGGAAGAAAGCCUGGGGUCAUGAGCGUCUAUGCUUUUUUAAAAUUCAAUGUAUUUAAUUUUUUUUCAUUAUUCGUAUUAAAUGUGAAAAUGUAUACUUAGAAUAAUGUAAUUAUGUUGAUGUUUUUUCUUAGAGAAAAAUGGAAAGGGCUUCAGGGAGUUUGAUGUAAAGUAUUGAUACAUUUCAUUAAUAUUCUAUUGGUUUGUGUCCUUUUAAGAUAAAUUUGAUGCCUUAAAAGAUGGUAGCAUUCAGUAAGUGUCCUAGUUAAUGGAUUGAUAAACAACCUUGUGUUUCCAAUCAUACAGUAAGUGGCUUGAAUUUCCAUUGUACCCCAAAAUAACUUGGCACACCCCACUAGCCACGUUGCCCAGUAGAUGUUACAUGUUUAAUACUGAUGUUUCAAUCAUGUCAAAUUACUGAAUAAAGCAACCUUCUCACCA